AUGCCUCUGAAAGAAACGAUUCACAAGUAUCCUCUGAUAGAUGCUGAUCCUCACGCAAGGAGGGUAGUGAGGUAUAUGCGUCCUAGCGAUUAUGCGGUUUGGGCGGGAGCCACAGUAGCUGGACCUGCAGCUUUGUAUCUUUUCGAAAAAGUAGAUCCGACACGUUCAAAAUUCGGUAUAACACCUGCAUUACGUCUCACUGGCUUUUUAGGUUUUUGCGCUGGUUUCAUGUUAGCUUAUCAAAAUUCAUCCAAACGAUUUUGGGGUUGGUCAGAAAACGCAAUAGAAGUAACCAAAGAUCAAAAAGAAUUAUCAACAAGAUUAUCAGAUGGCAAACCUUUAUAUGGUGAAACGGAUUUAUCAGAUUAUUUACAAGGUGUCGCAGCUAGGAAUUCUACUUGGUCUCAACUUAAAUUCCAAGCUAUACCAUGGUUCAAUACUGUCAACCAUAAUCAACAUGGUGUAGAUACUUCAAAAUAUGGUACUCAGCAAACACCUCCAUGAAACAUGUAUCAUCAUCAGCACGC